AAAAGUUUUACUGUUACUUUGCAAAGCCAUCUAAGCAAAUUUAAUUUGAAUCUGUAGAUUUACUUUCAUUUAAACUUACACAUUUAACAUAUCAAGUCAGAAGCUUACACAUUGUACUUUAACUUUGAAAAUGCAGGAUGAAGACACUGUUUGAAGAGAUCAAAGCAUCAAUUAAAAAUAACUAUAACCAAGAUCGAUCAUUCUGGAGGCCUGUUCUUCCUUGGGGAGGUGUUUUUACUAUCAAAGCUGGCCGCAAAGCAGUAUCCUGUACACCACUCUAUGUUGAAAUCAGACUGAAAAAUACCUGCACCAUAGAUGGAUUCUUGAUGUUAUUAUAUGUCAUUCUUAAUGAAAAUGAAAAUUUCCCUAGGGAACUCUCUCUACAUUUUGGUAGAGAGUUUGUAGACUGUUUUCUUUAUUUAAUGGACACCUACAGUUUUACAACAGUUAAGCUACUUUGGAUUUGGGACAAGAUGGAAAAACAGCAAUACAAAUCUGAAGUUCAUAAAGCUUCAUUAAUAAUCGAUUUAUUUGGGAAUGAGCAUGAUAAUUUCACAAAAAAUCUCGAGAAUCUCAUGUCUACCAUUCAAGAGAGUUACUGUUCUAACUGGAGAUGCCCAACUCGAGUGCAGGAAGAUCAACAACGCACAAUUAAUAUAAAUCCUCCCCAAGAAAUUCCACAUGGGAACUUGAUACGACUUGCUGUGGAUGAAUUGUUCUGUUCCAGGAUUGAACUGUGUGAAGAGCUUGGGUGUGGUGGCUUAAGAGAAUUUUCCCAACGAGUUUUCUGCCAUGGGGCACCCCCAUUUGUAGUCUUAAAUAUGCAGCAUUGGAAAUCUGAAGAUCUGGCAUAUGUACCCUAUUACUUGGAUUUAUCAGAUCACAAGUAUUUGUUGGAAGGUGCCACAUUAUUUAACAAAGAGGAACAUCAUUAUUCUGCAGCUUUCCAGAUUGAUGGACAUUGGAUGCACUAUGAUGGCCUCAGAAAUGUGAAUUUAAUUUUGUUAAAUAAACCCCCAGAGUUUCUCCUCUUGUCAUCAUUGGUUUAUAUUCGAGCAACAGAGAAAUAAAUAUAGACUGAUGCUAAAUUAAACUGUUUUCCCUCCUGCCCCAUGUUCCCCCAGCUGAAGGGCUUUUAUUUUGUGUGUACUUGGUAUCCAAGGAAAUAGUUCAACUAUACUAGUUUCAGAAAUAUAUUUUUCAGUGUUUAUCCCGGGUUAAUGUUUUAUAUAGAGGAUCUAUGCAAAAAAAUGUUUGUAUGCCUUUUUUAUAUUUCCUGGGUUAUUUUUGUACAAGCAUAUUUUAUGUUGAAAUAAAAUAUAUCUCUUGGA